AGCUAACCUCUACCACAGUCUCUAUAUCUUCUCUUUUUUGUUUUUGAAUGAAUGUUAAAUUUAUGCCACUCAAACAAUAUCUUCUCAGAGUAUUCCUCAGCUUCCUCUCUCUUUUCUCUCUAGAUGUGCUCUGUCUUUCUGUUUCUUUGAUACGUUUAUAUAGGUCUCGAAAACGCUUCUGUGGCACUGAACUGAGUACAUGGAAGAUAUGGAUAGGAGGAGUGAAGAUGCAGGUUCCCUUGCUGAUUCCAUCAAAGCAAAGCUGGAAUCUCUGCCUUCUCUUUCAAGCAAGUGUUGUAUCUACAAGGUGCCCAAUAAGCUCCGAAGGCUCAACCCUGAUGCAUAUUCACCUCGGGUCGUGUCUAUUGGUCCGUUUCAUCACGGUAAAGAAGAGCUUCAAGCUAUGGAAGAGCAUAAGUACAGGUACUUAAAGAGCUUUCUCCCUAGAGCAUGCUUUAGUUUAGAGCAUCUUGUUAAAGUUGCAAGGACGUGGGAAGAGAAUGCUAGGAGUUGUUACGCAGAAGAUGUGGAACUCAACAGCGACGAGUUUGUGAAAAUGUUAGUUGUGGAUGGGAGCUUCUUGGUUGAACUUAUGCUGAUAUCUUGGGAUCCUCGACUCAGAGGCGAGAACGACCGCAUAUAUGGGAAGCCAUGGAUGAUCAACGACGUGUUUCGUGACAUGGUUUUGAUAGAAAACCAGUUACCCUACUUUGUGGUGAAGAGUUUGGUUGGUCUCUUGUACCAACGAGGAACAGAUCCAGCAAUACAGAUUACUCAUCACUUCUUCAGUCGUUAUUUGGACCACAUUGAUGUUGCAAAAUUUAAACCAGAGCCAGAUCAUUUCGUUGAUGUUUUGAGGUCUUUUAUUCUGCCAGAGGUUCCAAUGAAACUGGAAGAAAUCACAACAUUUAAGGUCUUCAAUGCACCGGAAGCAACUGAGCUUCUCAAUGCUGGUGUUAAAUUCAAGCCAGCAGAGACCACCAGUAGUUGUUUUCUUGAUAUUAAAUUUGCUAAUGGAUUGCUGGAGAUUCCUACCAUCACCGUCGGUGAUUACACGGAACCCCUCUACAGAAACAUCAUUGUGUUCGAACAAUGCCAUUGCUCAGAUAAGAUCUUCCUGGACUACAUCACACUGCUCAGUUGCUUCAUUAGAUCCCCUGCAGAUGCUGACAUACUCAUCCGCAGUGAGAUCUUUGUUAACUAUCUUGGAAACGCAAAAGAUGUUCCAAAGUUGUUCAGUAGCUUGUGCCAAGAGGUGGUCACUAGUACAAGAUCUCACUUUCAGAGCCUCUCUGAGGACCUACACGCUUACUGCACCAUACGAAGGAACAGGUGGAAGGCGGUUCUGAGACGUGACUAUUUCCAAAAUCCUUGGUCAGUUGCUUCUGUUAUUGCUGCUGUGUUUCUCCUCAUCCUCACUUGCAUACAAGCUAUAUGCUCUAUCUUGGCCCUGUGAGUGUUACCACAGAUACUUACAUCUUCUGGGAUAUCAUUUUGGAGCCCAAAACUCAAUAAAUAAUUUUCUUAUGGAAUGUAAUAAAUAUUUGUAUUAUCAGAACAGACAGCAGUCAAGUCCUGACAUGACUUUGUACUGAGUCUUGCCGUGGCUUGAGCUGAACUACUUUCUUUGUUAAGGGUACUGGAAAUAAAACUAUUGUUUCAAGGUAA